GAAUCGCAGAGCGAGGACUUUGUCGGUACUCCGGUCUAACAAUGGACACCCAGGAGGACGUCCAACCCCCAGAGCAGCAGCCAAUAAUAUAUAUCUGUGGAGAAUGUCACACAGAAAGUGAAAUAAAAUCCAGGGAUCCAAUCAGAUGCAGAGAAUGUGGAUACAGAAUAAUGUACAAGAAAAGGACUAAAAGAUUGGUGGUUUUUGACGCUCGGUGAAACA